CGCAUGCGCUUAACACGCAAGCAUAUAUAGAAGAGGAGUCAGUUCUGUAAAUACAAAUACCGGCUUUUUUGGUAUUGUUGUUGUUCUAGAUAUAGCUGGAAUCAACUACUCUUUUCUAGCCAAGUGUUUACUCACAUCCUUUGAAGACAUGGCAUUUGGGCGCUUCAGUUUGUCUGUUGCUUAUUUAAUCCUUUGCAGUGUUCUUUCCAUCAUUUUAUGUACAGAAAAACUAAACGACAGGCCCAUCAUAGGAAUUCUGGCACAAGAAUCGCACCUUCAAGGUCUCGAGUCACUUGGGAAGUCUUACAUUGCUGCUUCAUACGUGAAGUAUGUGGAAGCCGCUGGUGCUCGAGUGGUACCUGUAAGGAUUGGUCUUCCAGAAGAGGAAUAUAAGAAGCUUUUCAAUUCCGUUAAUGGGAUACUCAUUCCUGGAGGAGGUGUUGAUCUUCAGACAUCAGAAUAUGCCAGAUUGGCUCGGAUAUUUUAUAGUCUUGCACUAAAGGCCAAUGAUGAUGCAGAUUAUUUUCCAUUAUGGGGAACAUGCCUGGGAUUUGAAGAACUUGUCUACCUUACCAGUGGAGAAAACCUCCUCACGGCAACUAGAACAGAAAAUGUUGCUCUCCCAUUAAACUUUACUUCAGCUGCUGAACAGAGCAGGAUGUUUAAGAAUUUCCCAAAAGACUUGAUGGAAGCACUUGCUUCUCAGCCUUUAACAGCUAACUUCCACCAGUGGAGCAUUUCAAUAAAGAACUUCUCACUCAGUGAUAAACUGCAUAGUUUCUACAACGUGUUGUCAACAAACAUGGAUGGAGACUUGGAAUUUAUUUCUUCAAUGGAAGCAUACAAAUAUCCUAUUUAUGCAGUCCAGUGGCAUCCAGAGAAGAAUCCCUUUGAAUGGAAGGAUGAUAAAAAAGGCAUACCUCAUUCGCCAGUGGCCAUAAAAGCAGCAUUUUAUAUGGCAGAUUUCUUUGUUAAUGAAGCUCGCAAAAAUUUUCACUGUUUUUCCAGUAAAGUGGAUGAAGCCAAAGCACUAAUUUAUAACUAUAACCCAGUUUACACAGGCAGUAUCUCUGGAUUUGAACAAACAUACAUCUUUGGUUAGAAUAUCCAUUACAGAACAACUUCAGAAGACUGCUGGAUUGAAACAGUUGAUUGAAUAUAUUUCCAUGAUGAAUGAAACAAAACAGUUUUGUCUUAUUUUCAUCAAAAUAAAAUUCUGAACAGUUUUGUUUUAAAUCA